AGCAACAAUUCUAAGAACGGCUAGAAGCACUUUUCAUGAUAACUACAUAUACCAACAACAAAACACAGACUCACACCCACCCCCUGAUGAGAAUUUCUAAGUCUUGGUGUUACGGCGGUGUUAACAAAGCACGACAACAAUGUGCUCCUCCCCUUUUUCCCUCGAAUCCAACCCAAUAAACCUUUUAUGUGUUCCUCUCCAUAUUCAAUUCCACCCCUCUUCCAAAUCUCCUUCUUUAACUCCGAUCCAAGUUCCUCGUCAAUUUCGGCACCCUUAAACUACUACAACCUUCAAAAUUCAACAAUUUUGGUCUCUGUUUUGUAUUGAUAAUCGGGUAAUACUGCAUUCCCUUUUUGGGUUUUUACAAUGAAAGGGUUAGAGCUUUGGAUGAGAGAUUUAGUCGCAUCAUCCGGAUCGCAACCGGAAAUAUUACCUGCGUCUACCAAUUUUGUAAACGGUGGAUUGUUUCUCGAAACAGGUAAUGUUCCUUCGUCUAUAGCGUCCUUUAUUUCGCUACAGAACACUAGUUCUGUUGCACCGAUUUCUUCUUCAUUGAGUCGGCGGAGAAGUCGCCGGCGACAUGGCCGAGUUGGGUUUUUGUCCGUGACCUUGUCGGUAAAAGAUGGGGGUAGCGGCGAAGGGUUUUCCGGGGAAUCUAGUCUUGUUUUGGGAGGGGAGGUUGAAGAUGAGCAGAAAGGUUUGGAGGAAGAGGAAGUUAAGGUUAAGGUACAAAAACAAGGGGGUGCAUUGAAUACUACGAAACAUCUUUGGGCUGGAGCUGUCGCUGCCAUGGUUUCAAGAACUUUUGUGGCUCCACUGGAGAGAUUGAAGCUGGAAUAUAUGGUUCGUGGGGAACAAAAACAUCUUAUUGAUCUCAUCAAAUCAAUUGCAGCCACUCAAGGGAUUAAAGGGUUUUGGAAAGGAAAUUUUGUGAAUAUUCUUAGAACAGCUCCAUUUAAGGCAAUCAACUUUUAUGCUUAUGAUAAAUACAGAAGUGAACUGUUAAAGCUAACUGGGAAUCAGGAAACAACUAAUUUUGAAAGGUUUCUUGCUGGUGCUGCUGCAGGAAUUACCGCUACUAUACUCUGCAUACCCAUGGACACAAUCAGAACAAAAAUGGUGGCACCGGGAGGAGAAGCAAUGGGAGGUGUAAUCGGUGCUUUUCAGCACAUGAUCCAAACGGAAGGAUUCUUCUCUUUAUACAAAGGCUUACUUCCUUCCAUCAUAAGCAUGGCACCUUCAGGAGCUGUGUUUUAUGGAAUUUAUGACAUAUUAAAAUCAACAUAUUUACAUUCACCAAAAGGAAGAAAAAGACUUGAAAACAUGAAAGAAGGAGGGGAAGCAUUAAAUGCUUUGGAGCAGAUGGAAUUGGGUACAAUGAGAACACUGAUAUACGGUGCGGUUGCGGGAUGUUGUGCUGAAGCUGCUACUUAUCCAUUUGAAGUUGUGAGAAGACAACUUCAGUUGCAAGUUAGGGCUACAAAAAUGACUGCUUUGGCUACUUUUGGGAAGAUUGUUGAACAAGGUGGUGUUCCUGCCUUAUAUGCAGGAUUGACUCCAAGUUUAUUGCAGGUGCUCCCAUCGGCUGCUAUAAGUUACUUUGUUUAUGAACUCAUGAAGAUCGUUCUCAAAGUUGAACCAGAAUAAGAGAGCAGUUGCUUCUUUUUUUUUUCUUUUUCUUUUUUCAAAAUGGAAUUUUACACUAUAAUAGUGCACACUAAACAUAAACACAAACACAAACACAAGAAGUUAUUUUGUCAUGUCUUGUCAAUUGUCAUACCUAGCAAACUAGAUAUAUAUCAUAUAUUUCUAACAAAUAAAAAGGUGGAAACAAAC